AUGCCUAACCUAGGAUAUGUCUCCCUACCCUCACCGGAAACGAGCCCAAGGUUGGCACAACACGAAUCGUUUGAUCUAUCAAACCCACACCACCGUCGCGCUCUAGGCGCGUUCGACGAAGAAACCUGUCGCUACUUCCUUCGCACAAUUGGUGCUGAGAUCGUCCCAUGCUACCCCUUCUCAUUUGGCAUGGAGGAGGUGUACUCUCGCAUUCUGGAAACAUACGGAACGAGGAGAGCCUGCGACGUGAUAAGCGUACUGGAGGAACUUCUGGAAGACGAGACAUCUGCAGGAGGCCAGGGAGACGACGGCGAUGUCUUCCGUUCAUGGCGCCAUGGCUGGCGAUAUCGCAACAUUGACUCAUUGAAUCCCUUCAUACCCAAAGUCGGCAAAUUUGUCCUCCUCCCAGCAACCCGCCGCGACAUCCGCCAGGCGAAGAAAGAGAACUUCCUGGAGCUCUCUUUGAACGGCGGCCUCAACACACUCAGCGACUCCCUCACAGUCAACUUUCCAGAUGACCUCUUAGAGUCCGCCAGCCCAAAGAGCCGUCUCGCUGGGAGCCUGAGCUCCGAGCUGCCCAUGAUCGCUAUCCCGCGGCAGCGAAGUCGCAACGCCCUCGCCGCCGAGAACCGCGACGCGCGAAUCAUAGAGGGCACAAUCUUCAGCAGAAAGGGCGCCGCCAAGAGAUUGUCCUCCCUGCCCUGGGUCCCGCCUCUCGUGGCUCCCAGAAGCAUAUCGCGGAGCAGCUGGUUGCAUGAAUUGCGUGGUGUCUUCCGAACUGACAGCGUUGUCAAAGUCCGUGUUUGCAGCAAGGAGGUCUGA